GGAUGCCGGAGGCAGCGCUGAUUGGUUGUGUAGCGUGCGGAGGGGAGGGGAAUGAGGCCGGCCGUCGCGCGGGCGGAAGCGGAAGCGGAGCCUUAAGAUGGCGUACCAGACCUUCCGGCAGGAGUACCUGCAGGUGCCGCCCGUUACCCGGGCCUACGCCACCGCCUGCGUCCUCACCACCGCCGCCGUGCAACUAGAACUAAUCACACCAUUUCAACUGUAUUUUAACCCCGAAUUAAUAUUUAAACACUUUCAAGUAUGGCGGUUGAUUACAAACUACUUAUUCUUUGGGCCAGUUGGAUUUAAUUUUUUAUUUAAUAUGAUUUUUUUAUAUCGUUACUGCCGAAUGCUUGAGGAGGGGUCUUUCCGAGGUCGGACGGCAGACUUUGUAUUUAUGUUCCUUUUUGGUGGACUUUUAAUGACUGUUUUUGGCUUGUUUGUGAACUUGGUUUUCCUGGGUCAGGCCUUUACUAUAAUGCUCGUGUAUGUGUGGAGCCGCAGGAAUCCCUACGUCCGUAUGAACUUUUUUGGUCUUCUCAUCUUCCAGGCCCCAUUUCUGCCCUGGGUACUCAUGGGCUUUUCAUUGCUAUUGGGGAACUCCAUCAUUGUGGAUCUUUUGGGGAUCGCAGUUGGACACAUAUAUUUUUUCUUAGAGGAUAUCUUUCCUAAUCAGCCUGGUGGUGGACGGCUUCUGAAAACACCAUCUAUUUUGAAAGCAAUGUUUGAUACACCAGAAGAUGAUCCCAAUUACAAUCCGCUGCCCGAAGAGCGACCAGGAGGAUUUGCAUGGGGUGAAGGUCAGCGCCUCGGAGGCUAAUAAAUGGCUGUGCCAAUACCCAGACAUAACUGGAAGGAACUAAACUGAAGUACCAUAUUGGGAAUUCUCUUUCUCCUUGUUGCAGAAAGGACACUUGACAGCUUUAUGGUUCUGAAUACAAGAAGCACUUUAUGAUAUGGCAGUCUAACUAAUCCAAGACAUUUCCAGGAGACUACCAGUGUCUCUCUACACCAGGGGUUUUGUUGUAUUGGUACUGAAAGCAUAAUCUAGUGGAGCCAAAAAAAACCCAACUGGAAACCAUUUCCUGUUAACUUCAGUUAACAAGACCAUGCGUACUCAUUUAAAAAUGUUUCUAAGGCAUUUUUUUCCAAGUUAUUUGAUACAGGAAACUGUGUAUGGGAAACUUUGAGGGACAAAAUAAAACUUUGGCUUUAACUUUUUUCUCAUUGGAUAAAAAGCAGACGUGUGAGAUCUUUUAAAGUGAUUCCCUAUUCUCAUUGUCGAAGGCUGGUAUGAAGCAAAAUACACUAAAUUUCCAAGCCUGUUUUCUUUUGAGUCAGACAGGAUUUUAAUUUUGGAUGGUGCAAAUUUUACCUUGCUAAUUCUAUGAAAGUAGACUGCUGCAGUUCCAGUAUGAGCCCUAUUAUGAACCUAGCUUGCAGGCUGAGAAUACAUCUUGAUCCAGAUUAUUUUGAACUACAUGUGGCCAGGUAUGAAUCUCACUGACAUGCUUAUACAUGCGGUAGCAAAUGCAAAUAUGCAUGUAUAGUUCUGAAAAAUCUAACUUUUUUUUUUUCAAAGUGGUCAGCAAAUUAUUCAGAAUGCUGUGAAAGAUUUUCCCAUAUAAUUUAGAGUAGUAGCUCCUAGACUGGGAUACGCAUAGCUCUGAGAUAGUGAGUGAAUAAAAUAAAAUGUCUUGUGACUGCUUGUUACCUUCUUGCAUAAUCUGUUGAUUUGAGGGAAAUGAUAGAAAAGAAGACAAGGCUAGAGAAAGUUUAACAGAUGCUUGCUGCAAACAUGAAAGCUCCCUGAUGUGUAUUUUGGUGUUAAUGAAAGGUUCCAGUGACAGCCCUGGAGACAUGGCAAAAAUCCUAGGUUUCCUCACCAACAUGCCUCAGCCAUGACCUGUAGAGAAGAGGGUUGUUAAUGCUGUGUGCUAAAUUCAGUCCCUGAACUCUGCAAGACUGCUAACGAGAGGGCUGUGAGUGAUAUGGACAUCUAGCCAACAAGAAUUGGAGUGACAUCAACUCAUUCACAUAGGCCACUGAACAGCUAUCACAGAAUGGACCAGCUAACCUGGAUUGGAUUUGAACUAGUGACUUGUCUGAGAGGUUUUGUAUCCCACUUCUCAUCACUGAAGGUAUCCAUCCAUCGUAAUCAUUAAUUUCAAAAAUUGAGUGGGAUGUGUGUUCUCUGAGGUUUUGGUGGGGGUUGAUGGUGAGUUGUGGACCUCAUGUCUCAACUGAGUGGU